AAGUGUCCAAACAACAGCACGCAGGCGGGCGGAAGGGGCGGAGCUGUAUACGGAAGUUCCUGGACCCGCUCCGGUCGUAGAGUCACAGUCACGUGGGAAAAGGUUCCACGCGUAGCUGGCACUCAGGAGGCAUGGCGCUCUGGCGGGCUUACCAGAGGGCCCUGGCAGCACAUCCGUGGAAAGUCCAGGUUCUGACAGCUGGAUCACUGAUGGGCUUAGGUGACAUUAUCUCACAGCAACUGGUGGAGAGACGGGGUGUCCAGCACCACCAGACAGGCCGGACCCUGACCAUGGUAUCCCUGGGCUGUGGCUUUGUGGGCCCUGUACUCGGAGGCUGGUACAGGGUUUUGGACCGCUUCAUCCCAGGCACCACCAAGGCGGAUGCCCUGAAGAAGAUGUUCUUAGAUCAGGGGGCCUUUGCCCCUUGUUUUCUAGGCUGCUUCCUCCCACUGGUAGGGAUUCUCAAUGGCAUGUCAGCCCAGGACAACUGGGCCAAACUACAGCGGGACUACCCUGAUGCCCUCAUCACCAACUACUAUCUCUGGCCUGCUGUGCAGUUAGCCAAUUUCUACCUAGUGCCCCUGCAUUACAGGUUGGCUGUUGUCCAGUGUGUUGCUGUUGUCUGGAACUCCUACCUGUCCUGGAAGGCACAUCAGCUGUAAGCUUGCCUUGUCUCAUACCCUGCACUGAUGCCCCUUGACCCUGGGCUGCGUGGACAGCUUCCUCAAAGAGAGCCCAUCAGGACGGAGCAGCGGCUCGGCUGUUAAAAGCAUAGGCUGCUACAGAGGACGCAAGUUUGGUUCCCAGCUCCCACAUUGGGUGGCUUACAGCUCAAGCUCCAGGAGAGCUGAUGUCUUCUUCUGACCUCUGAAGGACCUGCACUCACACGCACAUACCCACACCUAAACACGUGCUUAUAACUAAGCGUACAAUAAAAUCUUUUUAAA